AGUGGUUCCCUGUCAGACGUUGUGCAUAUCAACGGCAUCUUUUGGAAAAGCAAACGAAGCAAUUAGAGAAAAAGCGAAAAGGAAAUUCCAUUUUCUAACCAAACGGAAUAUAUCUACGAGUAUUUAAGAGCAUUAACGCCUACGCAGUCACUUUUUAGCGCGUUAAAUUUUGUUAAAAACUAAAUCCACUAAAAUGAAUAAGUUUUUGUUCGUGUUUGUUGCACUUUUUGGAGCCGCCGUUGCUCAAGAUAACUUCAAGUGUCCCGAUGACUUCGGUUUCUACCCACAUGACGUUUCUUGCGACAAAUACUGGAAAUGCGACAACAAUGUUGCGGAGUUGAAGACCUGCGGCAAUGGUCUCGCCUUCGAUGCCUCAGACCCGAAAUUCCUGACGGAGAACUGCGAUUACUUGCACAAUGUGGAUUGCGGCGAUCGCUCUCAGUUGGAACCACCAAUUUCGACCCCACACUGCUCCCGCUUGUACGGUAUCUUCCCCGAUGAGAACAAAUGCGAUGUCUUCUGGAACUGUUGGAACGGCGAACCAUCCAGAUACCAGUGCUCUCCCGGUCUUGCCUACGAUCGUGACGCCCGUGUGUGCAUGUGGGCCGAUCAAGUGCCAGAAUGCAAAAACGAAGAAGUCGCUAACGGUUUCAGCUGCCCCGCCGCCGGAGAACUUGCCAACGCUGGUUCCUUCUCGAGACACGCUCACCCCGAAGACUGCCGCAAGUACUACAUCUGUUUGGAGGGUGUUGCCCGUGAAUACGGUUGUCCCAUUGGCACAGUUUUCAAAAUUGGCGAUUCUGAUGGCAGUGGCAACUGCGAAGACCCAGAGGAUGUUCCCGGAUGCGAGGAUUACUAUGGUGAUGUAGAUCUGAAGGCUCUGAAAAAAUUGGGCUAUUAAAGAGCCCAAAGCGGCCGUCGGGAGGGUGAGGCUGUGCUCGGUGACGACCAAAAGAGAUUAUGUGCAAAGUAACGGACUCGGAACGAAGGAGGAACAAAAGUGGAGGAGGAAGAUGUAUGUGUGUGGGAGGGAAAGUUAGCACAGCCGAAAAACGUGGAAGAUACCAUUUAGAAAUGCAGCGAAAUUAACAAACAAACACAAACACAGAUGCGGGCUCCCGGUCGCUUCGCAAUCAACAAAAAGUCACACGCUUCUAAGACUGAGUUACAACAAUAACAGCAACAGCCAACAAAUUCGUCGCCACAAUUCUGCGCAAAGGAUUUCCAUUUAAAUUGACGCCACUGAGACAAAUAGAAUGCACAAAGAAGCUUCGCUCCCAUACAGUCUGCCAAAGUGGAGAGCCAGCAGCGCAGAACUCAAACCACAUCUGAGUAUGUGUGGGUGUGUGCGGUCCACCGUUAAUGCAUAUGAGCUCAUGCUUGUGUGUUCAUGCGCUUAAGUGCGUCUGUGUAUGUAAAUGCAAUAAUAAGCAGAGCAAUAAACGAUCGCAUUUAAUUUGUCAUUAGCCACACCACAUGCAGCUUUCCGAUAUUUAUUGCUAAUACUUUGAUAGCAGCAUGUUAAUUUAUUAAUUAAAAUCACACCCUCCAACUGCAUUCGGUCCAAAUGCACAAGCAGCGCACACACACACCGAGACACCCACUUUCCACACAGCGAGUGCGAAGCUCAAAUCUAACGGUCACGUACUAAUAAAUGCUCAAAUUCCUAAAUUCUGUUAGAUAAAGCGUGUGCGCACACACACACACACCCACACACACACUUUAAAUAGCAAAUAAGCGUUCUAACACACACACGUCUACACAUAUGUAUAAAUGGUAUAUAAUCUGUAUAAAUUCUAUUGUAUUGUACAUUAGUGUAUAUAUGUACUCUUAAGUGUUGAUAAAUGGCAGGAUCAGUGCAACAGAGUCAAUAUAAUUUAGUAUUUCGUAUUUAAGUUAUGAAUAAAUCGAGAAUAAAUGUGAAAGCAAUUCAUAAACAAAUAAAAUUAAUUUUCCACAUUCAGUAAAUGAAUGCAAA